GUCUCCCCAGGGUGCCGAGGCGAGGUCACAAGUUCCCAAGCACGGCCCCUGAGUAGUCACACUCUUCCCCUACAGGGCGGUUCCAUAACCCGCAGAGAGGGAGACGAACUGGAUCAGGGCAGCGAAGUCUCAGAGCGCAACUUACCGUGUCAGAGUCACUGAAAGCUGCUCCAACAGGUGGGAUGACCAACUAUCCGACGCACUCCAACGGUAUGCAGAGUCUCCGAAAGGAGCACCUGUACAAGGUGCUGGUGAUCGGAGACCUGGGGGUGGGAAAGACCUCCAUCAUCAGGCGCUACGUCCAUCAGACCUACUCCACCAACUACCGAGCCACUAUCGGGGUGGACUUCGCCUUGAAAGUGUUGAACUGGGACUCUGAGACAGUCCGGCUUCAGCUGUGGGACAUUGCAGGUCAGGAACGUUUUGGGAACAUGACACGAGUGUACUACCGUGAAGCCAUGGGAGCAUUCAUAGUGUUCGAUGUGACGCGGCCCACAACCUUUGAGGCCGUCAUUAAGUGGAAGGAGGACUUGGAUUCUAAACUAAUGAUGUCUAAUGGACAGAGCAUCGCCACCGUGCUGCUGGCCAACAAGUGUGACCAGGGCAGGGAGCUGACCAACAACGGCAUCAAAAUGGACCAGUUCUGCAAGGAUCAUGGCUUUGUUGGCUGGUUUGAGACCUCUGCUAAGGACAACCUCAACAUCAAUGAAGCUGCAAACUUCCUGGUCAAGCACAUUAUGGCGACAGAGAAUGACAUACUAAAAUCUGUGGUACCGGACACCAUCUCCCCGCAGCUCAACUCCAACAGAGAGAUGAGCUGCUCCGGCUGCUUCAAAUAAUAACAGGAGGAAGUAUUUGUGGGACUGAAGAGAAUGGAGGCACAGAAGGACAAAGAGGGACAGAUGCACCCCACAGCCGUUCAAGGAAAUCUGAUCUAUUUGCCACAGUUUGGCUUCUUUGGUCCAAACCAGAGUUGAACAUUUCUGUUUGUUACAUUUUUGUGGAACAAACCAAGUCACAUGGACACAGUUGCACGUUGAUUUAACAGUGCAGUUGUCAUACUGUGAGCGUAUAUCAUAACACUGCUGUCUGUAUUCUUUGACAUGAUGUGGUCAGUCUUGCCAAAAAGCAUAGACAAACGAGUCGGUGGUCAGCUUUUUAAGAUUACAUUCUCACUUCUAACAACAUCUCACUGGAAACAUCCUCAGCUCCCUGAGCAAAAGGAGUAAGUGCUCCCAGUAUGGUUGAUGCAACACACCCAAAGGUGCACCUCAAUGACAGAAUAAAAACAAACAUGUCGUAGAACUUAUAGCUUUUUUCUCACCAUUUCAAGCAAGUGUGACUGUUACUGUUCUCCUUCUGGUUACCUUCACAUUCACAUUAACUUGGGGAUAAAGACACUGUGGGAGACGAGCAUGUUAAGGUUUCUCUGCACGAGCCAAAGAAAUCAGUAUCGACCACUUUCGGUGGAUCCCAGAUGUGCUAUUGUGAAAUUGUAAAUUUGAAUGUGAAUUUUGCACAUACACUGUUUUGUAAUUGUAUUAAGUUAUUUACAGUAUGCCUUUGUGAGUGCCACGUGUGGUUAAUGUACUAUGUUGAAUUGCUUAAAGUCCUUCUUACAACUGACUAUUUUGUUGAACGUUUUUUAAGUUGGCAAUUUAAGUAACAACACGUAACUCCAGCAGCAACUUUGAUGGGACAAGCAGCAAGAAAACACUGAAACACACAUCCUGGAUCUUGCCUAGUGUAACUGGUCUUUCAUGGCCAGUAGGCAGGUUCACGAGAGCUGUUCAGGCUUAAAUGUUCAAAGACAAAAGAGAGAAAAGUGUUUGUUAAUGAACUAGGAGUGGUUUUCCUUCUGUCUGAAGUUUGGUGUUACAACUAUUUGGCUGCAACAUCUGAGUAAAGUUUUAUCAGAACUAGUUAA